AUGCAUUCAACAGUGCCUUUACUUGAGUUUGAUAAACAAGGAGAUAUACAUUUAGUUCAAUCAAAUAAUCAAUCUUCUUCUUCACAUUGUCAAUGUUUACUAUUACGAUAUAUAUUACAUCAAAUAAGUUUAAUAAUUUCAGUAAUUAUUUAUCUUAUACUUGGUGGACUAUUUUUUUCAUACGUGGAAUCUCAAUAUUAUUUAAAGAAAGAUGAUGAACGAAAAGAAAUCAUAAAUGAAACCUAUGAAAAUAUUCGUUUAUAUGCUGUUCAACUAUUAAAUGAACAAUUAAAUGAAAAUUUUGAAAGUGCUUAUCAACAAUGGAGAUGGGAAGAUAAAAUGUUAUCAAAUUAUAUAAUUUUAAAUAUUGAACGAGCAAAUCUCUUAGAUAAUCGAACAACAUUUGAAUUAGAAAACUUAUCAUCACAUUUAGCUUCACGACAUAUUGCUGUAGAUAAAUUUGUUUAUAAAUGGACAUAUUCAACGGCUAUACUUUAUGCAGCUACAUUAGUAACAACAAUUGGUUAUGGAAAUAUUUCACCUAAAACAGCAAUGGGAAAAAUUUUUACAGUUAUUUAUGCUUCAAUUGGCAUUUUAUUAGUUGUUUCAUGGUUAAAACUAGUAGGAGAAUCAUUAGCAUUAUUAGUAUCACAAUAUUAUCGACGUUUACGGCGAUGUUUUCAAUAUACAAAACACAAAAAAAGACAAAUGCGAAAAAAAGUUUAUCAACAUCGCAAAGUACCAUUUUACGUACCAGUAACACUCUUAAUUCUUUAUUUAAUUGCUGGUUCGAUUCUAUUUGCUACUUGGGAAGAUUGGUCAUAUAUUGAUGGUGCUUAUUUUUCAUUUAUAACGUUUACUACAAUUGGUUUUGGAGAUUUAGUACCAGGUGAAAAAACGAUUAGUCAUCGAAAUGGCAGAUCAAUUCUUUGUGCAAUGUAUUUAUUAUUUGGUGUCUUACUUACAGCCAUGAGUUUUUCAUUAAUUCAAGAAGAUAUUAGCCAAAUAAAAACACAAUUUCUUCAACGUCUUGGUAUUGUACAUGUGCCUUUAUCAAUAACAAAAUUAUAA